AUGUAUUCAGCGCCCUCCGCCUGCACUUGCCUGUGUUUACACUUCCUGCUGCUGUGCUUCCAGGUACAGGUGCUGGCGGCCGAGGAGAACGUGGACUUCCGCAUCCACGUGGAGAACCAGACGCGGGCUCGGGACGAUGUGAGCCGUAAGCAGCUGCGGCUGUACCAGCUCUACAGCCGGACCAGCGGGAAGCACAUCCAGGUCCUGGGUCGCAGGAUCAGCGCCCGCGGCGAGGACGGGGACAAGUAUGCCCAGCUCCUAGUGGAGACAGACACCUUCGGUAGUCAAGUCCGGAUCAAGGGCAAGGAGACGGAGUUCUACCUGUGUAUGAACCGGAAAGGCAAGCUUGUGGGGAAGCCUGACGGCACCAGCAAAGAGUGUGUGUUCAUUGAGAAGGUCCUGGAGAACAACUACACGGCCCUGAUGUCGGCCAAGUACUCUGGCUGGUACGUGGGCUUCACCAAGAAGGGGCGGCCGCGGAAGGGCCCCAAGACCCGCGAGAACCAGCAGGAUGUGCACUUCAUGAAGCGCUACCCCAAGGGACAGGCCGAGCUGCAGAAGCCCUUCAAGUACACCACCGUGACCAAGCGGUCCCGGCGGAUCCGCCCCACGCACCCCGGCUAG